GCCGCCCAGGAGGACGAAUGAUAAACAUAGGCCGUGCAUGAUGAUGUGGCGAGAAGGUCAUGUUACUCGUCGACAUACUGCUAUUCGCUAAAGGGGCGCUGAGCAUCAAAUCCCGAGCGCUGCCCCGAGAGUUUCUUACACUCUGUUCAACUCUUGUUCGUACGGACAGGUUGUGGAUCCGUGCUAGGGCUGCUGUAAAUAGACCUCUUGAGGGUUGCGCAAUGCGGAAGUGACAUAUCGUAUGCUCUAUGCAUUUGCAACAGAGUCGCCGUGAAGGCCGUACGAUAUGCGGUCCAAGCUCGGGGACUUCUUCUUAGAUGGGUGGCCAACUUAUAAAGGCAUGCACGCAGCUGCAAUCCUCCAGGUCGUUUCUUCCAGCAACCUACCACCACAAGCUCUCAACGCCGAGUUCAAACCACCGUCCGCAAUGAAGUUCUCUCUUAUCACCGUUCUUCUUGCCAUCGCCGUCUCCGGGGGAGCUCCUACUGGUCCCAACAACUAUGAGAUCGGUUACUCUGACUAUCAAGGAGCGAAGCGCUCCCCCACCGGUCCAAACAACUACGAGAUCGGAUAUUCCGACUAUCAAGGGGCGAAGCGUUCGCCUGAAGGUCCAGAGGACUACGAGGAACCCUACUCUGAUUAG